ACCCAUAGACAAUUACACUGAUUAUCGCAAUCGAUAUGCACGAAUGCUUCCUUAAUUUGAGGAAACAAUAAAAAAUAAUUACUCGCACUACUCAGUAGUACCAUGAUUUGCCACCCUUCCAACAGUUGUUAUCGAAAACUCACCGUUACCACCAGAUAUGCGUUUCGCAUUCAUACUGAUACUUCACGUAGUGCUCAACACUCUCGCCAGCAACACCACGUGGUACGCGGGAUUUCUAGAUAAACGUCCCUUCACAGUUCAUACGACUAGAUUCCUAUGCACUGGUCAGCCCGACUACAUCAUUGUGGAACUUUGUAAGCUGAAACUGCGCCGAAACAAACCAUCCUCUCUGUCUUUCCGAGGGACUUUUGUAAAACCUUUCGAACCCAUUUUCGGAUCCAUGAAAAUAUGGUACAAGGGCAAUGUGAACGUUUGGCUGCCUCUGCUGGGGAUCGAUGAAUGGGGCGAUAUUUGUGCCUUUCUAAGUUCGAAACCCGAGCAGUUGACCAUGAUGCAACAACUUUAUCGUCGAUAUUUGAAGGACAUUUUGCCAAAUUACGACUUCCGGUGUCCAAUUCAGGGAACAAUGGAAUUUUUGGAUUUCAGUUUCGAGGACUACAUGUUUCCUCCGUUUCUACCAGCAGGGAGCUACCGAAACGAUAUAUUAUUUUUCACAGAACACAAUCUGUCAGUUUUCAAAUUUCAAUUCUACGGAACCGUGCGAGCAAAGGGAUUGGCAGAUUUGAGUAUGGGUUAGGUUUUUUUUAACAAUGUUUUAAAGAAUAUCUGCGAGAGCAAGAACACCGAUAAUUAUGUGGAUUAGGGCGA